AUGGGCAAAAGUAGCUCUAACAUGUGCAACAAUCAUGUUUCCCAGCGAAACAACACUUAUAAUGAAGAUUCUCGUGCAAAUCUACCUCUAAAAGGUCAAAUUGCGAUAGUUUAUGAUGACUUAGUUUGUGCGAAAUGUCAAACUAAGCGCAUAGAUAGGCAAAUGCAUCGUGCUUUUGGCGAGCAACUGUGCAAAGAAUGCCGUGGAGAAGUUCCCCUGAUCUCACAAAGUCGGGCGAUUGAUGAGUAUUUAUUGACUGCUUCUGAUCUAUCUCUACUACCCUAUCUUGAAACUGCCAAUCCAAUCAGUACUAUGUACAAGCCCAUGCGACUCUACCAACAAGAAGUUGUAGCCCAACUCUCCCAACGUAAAUUCCCAGACUUAGCAGCUGAACGAGCCAAAAGGAAAGAGCAACAACAACUAAGAAAACAAGCUAGAAUCAAGAAGAAGAUUGCCGCCCUCAAACGCAGUACUCGGCCCAAACUAGAAAAGAGUCCAGCCCACCACCAUACUUUUGACUCAAGCGGCCAAUGUCCUUGUGGUCUAGUCGUGGAACAAGAAGAGUUGUAA